AAAAAAUAUUGAAUUGACAUUUAGUUAAUAUUAAAUGUUCCAUUUGUUACCCAAAAGAAAAAAAUGUCUACUUCCAGAGGAAGAAUUCAGUUUAAUAUUGUAAUUGCAACAUGCUUUUUUUUCAAUUUUAUGAUAAAAUUGUCUUGUACGUCUACGUCUAACAUUGCAUCUAACAACAAACUUAAGCUAUCAGGAAUAACUCCACAGAAGUAUAAAAUAAUUAAAAAUCGACUUUCUGAUAAAAAUAUUACAUUAGAUGAAAUAAAAUCCAUAUCGGAAAAAUUAGGUUCAGGCGAUAUUAAUGGUCCAGUUCAAAUUAGUUCAGAAAAAUAUUGUAAAGAUAUACACAAAGAUUUGGUGCAUAGUUUGGCCAAUAAAAUUAAAAAACCUAGCUUAUCACAAGAAGACUAUCAUAAAAAAUUGGAAAAAUAUUUCGACGGCUACAAAAGUGAUUACUUACCAUUGUUUAACGUGCGCAAUUUUUUGAGAAAUAUUAAUGGAGAGAUCGAACCCAAAUACUUAGAUAAUAUAAUUACCGCAUGGAGUCUUAACCAUGUAAUCACGAAAAAUGCUCCAAUGUGGUGUUCAUUAGUUUUCGUAGACUUCGAGUUCUUUUCGUACAUAAAUAACACUACGUUGGUGUUUACAGGAGCUUUAGGGACAUUCCAUGACCCUGAAAUUACCAUGCUUUCUGGACCAGUGUGGGAAUUUGACUUUACAUCGGGUUCAAUAUCAGUGUUUCAUGAACAAAAUGCUAAACGUUUUGAAAAUAACGCUAAUCGAAUAUUAAAAAAGAAUCCAAAUCUUCUCAAUACUAUGAUUAAGUGUUUUAGAGACGCACUUAAACGUCCAAACCGAUAUCUUAACUCAAAUUUUGUGAACAAUUAUAUUCAGCUACAAUCUCCAAAUCCAAUCAUGGUGGCCUACAAUUAUAAUACUGAUAAAAACAUUUUUGAUCUUCUAACUCAGAAAAAAACUGUUAAGUGGCUAAAUAUUUUAGGCUACAAUUGUUAUAAUAACAAAGAAUUCUACUUGCUAUUAAAAGCUUCUCAUCGCAUGAGCUACUUGCAAAUACCACUUGGAACACGGGAAAAAAAUGGUCGAAUAUUAUCACUAGGAGAAGUACACAGUUCUUGUUGCAAGCAAAAUCACCAAAAUGUAGAAGCCCACGAUGGAAAAACUGACGUAUUGUUCUUACAGUGUAUAAUGAAGUAUGCAAGAGACUACAACAGCUUGCAAUUAGAAAUGUAUCUUUCCGAUGUAGAGUUAAUUACCCAAGAAAAAGAUUGGGAUAUAAAAAUGUUUUAAUUUUUAUUGAAUUUAAAAAGGUCUAUCUAAAUUUUUAUAAAAUUUAAAAAAUAUUUAUUAUGGAUAAUUAACCGUUAACCCUUCAUUAGGUAGGUCGGGUCUAUCAGACUUAAAUAUUUUCUUUUUUUGUUUCAUAAUUGUUAAAAUAUAUUUCUAAGUAUGUCUAUGUAAUUGUUAUUCACAUUUGAAGAAAUAAAGUUUUACCAUACAAAAGUAAAAUCGAUUUAAUUAUAUGGGUCUAUCAGACCCAAGGUAUCUAUUAACAUAACAUUUUUUCACCUACCUAAUGAAGGGUUAAUAUCAAAGUUAUAAUGUAAAUUAUCUAUAUUUUAAGGACAGUAAUACUUUAUUUUAAAUGUUUCUAUUAAGAAAAAAUUUUGUUAUACAUCUAAUACAUUUUGUUUUUAAUUUUAACUAAAUAAAAAAUUUAACUUUUUUUUACAAU